AUGCUGCUCCUCUGUGUGUUGUGUACUGCAUUCACAUACUGCGCUGGUGCUAGCGUCCCAGUGGCGCAAACAAGUGCGGGACUCGUUUCUGGAAAGCGAAUCCUCGUGAACAAGAAGUUGAUCGAUGCUUUCUAUGGCAUUCCGUACGCCGAGCCACCCGUAGGUGAACUCCGCUUUCAGAAACCACGGCCCGCAAGGCCAUGGAAAGGAGUGUACAACGCCACGACGAAGCCGGUGCCAUGCUUGCAGCUAGACCUGAGGUUCCAAGAAGACGUCUCGUUGCGCUACGACAAGGCCUCGGAAGACUGCCUUUAUCUGAACGUAUGGAGACCCGCCCUUCGUGGGUGCCAGAACCUACGCUGCCGCGCCAAGCUACCCGUGAUUAUAUUUGUCUAUGGAGGAGGCUUCCAAUGGGGAGAUUCCAGUCUUGUCAUCUACGACAUGGAAGAGUUCGUCUCCAAGACAGACGUGAUUUUCGUCACUUUCAACUAUCGCAUCGGCAUCUUCGGUUUCCUGACGAGCAACACCGAGCAAGCCCCCGCGAACAACGGCUUGUGGGACCAGAAUCUUGCCUUGAAAUGGGUGAAGAGAAACAUCGCGAACUUUGGCGGCGACCGCAAUGACGUCACCUUUGCAGGACAAAGUGCUGGAGGAAUCUCCGUCGGCUUCCACGCCAUCUCGCCACAGAGCCGAGGGUUGUUCAACAAGAUGGUCAUGCAUAGCGGAACAGCUCUGAGCGCCAUUCUUUGGAAGACCCAGAGCUCCGUUGCCAAAAUGCGUAACAUGGCAGGAGAGCUGGGUUGCUACAACGUUACGAGGUCCGAGAAUGAACAGACAGCCGACACAGUAGCGUGUCUGAAGAAACUAGACGCCAAUGUGAUUAUGGACGCCGUGAGGAGGCAGGACACUGCUAACCAGAUGUUCUUUCCCGUCUUCGGCGACUCCUUCAUGCCUGACGACCCUCAAGUGGCGGCUACUUGGGCGUCAGUGAACGUGCAAAGCGUUCUGCUGGGAACAACUCAGGACGAAGGCACAUUUUUUGUAGACAACCUGGCUUACCUGAGCCCGCAACUCGAACUCGUCCUCAAACAAGACUACAGGCUCGCCGUCAUGGCGUUCAUGGCGACGACGUUUGGAAUACCAUUCAAGCACGCCAGGGGCAUAGUGGCGGAGUACUUCGGAGAUUACGACGUCGAGCAUGACAGCGACUCCGUGUUCGCCAUUUUCUCGAAGAUCAUAAGCGACUCUCUGUUCGAUUGUCCCACGCACUUCGCCGCCGAUCUGAUAUCCAGAAAAGGCAUUCCGACAUACCGGUACCUCUUCGCUCAUCGACCGUCAUUCAGCCUGUGGCCAGAACGCUUCGGUGUGGCGCACUCUGACGACAUCUAUUUCUUCUACGGAACUAAUUCCCAAUUAGCUGACCAAACGAAAUACACAGAUGCCUUAGAUUCGGCAGGACGGAAAGUGCUUUCAGCCGUCGUCGUUCCAAAAGAAGAGCAGAGUUUCACGGAUGAGCUGAUGAAGCUGUUAUACAAGUUUGCAAAAUCUGGGAAACCAAGUUCACCACAACGAGUCACUUCCUGGCCGCCCUACGUAGCGCCCACGUACCAAAGUUUGAUUCUUCGUCCAAACAACUUUACCACUGCGAGAAGUAAAGAGCGCUGCGAACUCUGGAAGCCGUACCUCUACCACGAAUAA